UUCUCCUCGCCCACUCCACCCACUUCUCCCACUCCACCCACUUCUCCUCCGCCGCUCCGCUCGAGCAGUUUCCGUACAACAUGGCGAAACUGCCGCCGCGUGCCCCCUUUUCCCCUUCCCCCUCUCCAGUUACUCCUAUUCCCGUCCGCAUUGCAACCAUCUCCCCUUCUAUGGGUGGUUCCCAUUCCACCCGCACACUUCGUUCUCUCCGGCGAGUCGCCAGUGAGAGAUUUGAGUCUAACGGAUCUGGGCCGGCCGCCGUUGUUGUCCGGGGCGCCGGCGAACUAUGCCGGCAAGUCGACUGCCUCGCUCGGAGGAAGUUCUCCAAUCGACCAGCGGGGAUUUUGUGCGAGGUGGCGACGAAUUUCCGUCAGUUAUUGGGUGUAGAAGCGCUUACUCGCCGGUGCUCCUCCUCAGCGGACUUCAUCUCCGGCGACCACCGAAGCGUUCUUCUCCUCGGUGAGAGCCAUGGUUCGGAAUGUCCCUGACCCUGAUAGCGAUGAUUUCAUGCCGCCAAGAGCUCAACAUGCGGGUGGCGAUAAUCGCAAUGCAAAGAAGCAGAAAGCCGCGCGCAACAGGGGAUCACAUGAACGUCUAACAGAACUGUAUCGAGAUUUUGAUGAUGCCCAGAAAGAAGCUGCAAAGGAAAUGGGGAUGCAGUCGCCGAUGAACAUUAAGUGCACCAACUUGAAUAGCCCCAUGUGCGACUGGUUUGCAAGGUUAUACCAUCCGCAGAAGAGAGAAUUUGUCAUACCAGGACGUGGUAGGAUUCUACUAGAUGAAGAAUCUGUCUUCAACACACUUGGUGUCCCCAAUGGCGGCAUGGAUGUCCCUUACAAGGUGGAUACGAAGGUGCAAGUACGUCUUUUCCCUGAAAUGUUCCUUGGGCUUAUGGCCCUCCCAGCGAACUCUGCUUUUGCAAAUAUGAUUGGUGCGAUGCAAACAAGCGACGAUGACUUCAAGAGGAAGCUACUCAUGUACCUGAUCUCAAAUGUCUUUGCUCCCACGACAUUGUUACGCCCCAGCAGCAGAUGCUUUCCUGUUCCGGACUAGAUAUGGAAUGUUUCCAACAUGAACUGGUGCAAUUUCAUAGUUGGUUUCCUUCACACUUCACUAUCCAAUAAGAUGUACAACAAAGGAUGCCGACUGCAUCUGAUG